AUGUUGGGCCAGAGUAUCUGGAGGUUCAACACCUCCAUUGUCUGUCACAGCCACUAUGAGGACGGCCCGGGAAAGAAUUUGCCAUUUUCCAUGGAAAACAAGUGGUGGUUACUGGCUAUGAUGACUGUGUUGUUUGGGCCUGGAUUUGCUGCUCCUUUCUUUAUAGUAAUGCACCAGCUACUUAAAAAAUAA